AUGGAUCGAAGAGAUAGCAAAAGUCAAGUGCAGCAUCUCGGCAUCUCGGUUCGCUUCCAAUCGGACCCACCGUUAGCGACAUGCUUUCUCCUGUUCCUUUUGGUUCUUGCCUACCACAGCGGUGUAUCGGCGAAAGGAAUCAAGCAGAAGCGCCUCGUCAUCGAUCUGAGAGAUCCGCUGCUGACCGAUCCCUCCUCCGUUUACUUUCCCCGCCCGACCGUACUCCCUUCAACGUACACGUCUCCAUCAACGUUCUACGGUUCCUCGUCCCACAGAGCGAUCGCACCGUACAGUCACGGCCAUUCGCGCGUAGUGUCACCACUGAAACCGACCACCCUGUUUAAUGAGAAUCUGUUCCAGUACUCCAACUACGGUUCGCCCUUUCCCUUCCUCACUGGCAAUCAUUUGAGUUUGGGCGAUGAAGAAACCUACAUUGCCGAUGGUCGCAUCCUCAAGCAGUACGCCGUGAUGGAGUUCCAUGCGGAGGAACAGGAACGGAAUCAGUACCAUCAGCAGCAGCUACUGCAAGGUUCUGGUGCAUUCCGUACACCGGCCGGUACACCCUAUCCGACGACGUCCUACUUCAGCAAGUUUCCUUCGCCGUACGAUCCACUGUACAGUACGUCCUUUAGCCAACCGCUUCCACCGCAGCUACCGUCGGUACUGAGCAGCUUUAAUCCACGGUUCGGCGUACAGCACGAACAUCAGCGAUCGCCAUUGUUGACCAAAAACCAUGGUCCCAUUGCGCUGGGGUCCGGUUCGCUCGGUUACAUACACGGCCCGAACGGUGUUACGGUAGGGUCCGGUUCGCUUGGCUACAUUAGCCAUCAGCAGCACCGGGAAACGUUGGCCGAGCUGAUCGAGCGCAAAAAAUCGAAACACCUUCCAAGCCCACUGACCUUUGGCCAUAAUCAUAACUGA